AUGGCCAGUGGACUAUCGAGAAACUCCUAUGACGACGACCAUGAAGUACUUGAAGACGAUUUCCUCAAUGAUGAAGUCGAACCCGACGAACCCUCCGAUCGCGCCCCUUUGACAGGCAACAUUCAAUCCUCCUCUUCCAGCGCACCCCUGAACCAAAGCUAUCUGACUUCGAGAAUACCCGGUGAAGACAGGCAUGCUACACAAAACACCAUCGAUGAGAGUGUCUGGGACACGGUAUCUCGAGACCUAUUCGCCGUAUGGGAGAAAAUGAAACAAGUCCUCUACCCCAAGUAUUUGCUUGGAGGCAUGCUUCAGAGACAGGGCACCGGCAUGGGCGAUGUUGAGAGCCAGGGAGGAGGAUUUGGAAGAGAUCUUAGAGGCAUUCUAGGUCGCUGGCCUGACGCAGAUGGCAUUCUGCAGGGAGGGAUGAGCGACGGGUUAAGAGACUGGGAUCUAUGGGGCCCUCUAAUAUUCUGCCUGCUGCUGAGCGUCUUCCUUUCCAUGCGCGCCAGCAAAGGCCAGACCGACCUGGUCUUUUCUGGCGUCUUUUCCCUGGUCUGGAUUGGUGAAGCUGUGGUAACCCUCCAGAUCAAACUGCUGGGAGGAAAUAUCUCGUUCAUGCAAUCCGUCUCCAUUAUUGGGUAUACUCUGUUCCCACUCACCAUUGCCGCCCUACUAAGCGCGCUCGGCCUACCAACUAUUGCGCGCAUUCCUGUAUACAUUGUUCUUGUUGCAUGGUCACUAGCAGCCGGAGUUAGUAUCCUCGGAGGAUCAGGGGUUGUAAAGAAUAGGGUGGCCCUGAGCGUCUAUCCUCUCUUUGUCUUCUAUGUCAGUCUCGGCUGCCUAUGUUUUAUUAGUUAG